AUGGGACAUGGAGGCGGACAUACUUGCUGCAACAAACAAAAAGUGAAACGAGGGCUGUGGUCACCUGAAGAAGACGAGAAACUCGUCAGCUACAUUACUUCCCAUGGCCAUGGCUGCUGGAGCUCCGUUCCUAAGCUUGCUGGGCUCCAAAGAUGCGGAAAGAGUUGCAGAUUGCGAUGGAUUAAUUAUCUAAGGCCGGAUUUGAAGCGAGGAAGCUUUUCAUCCCAGGAAGCCACCCUCAUAGUCGACUUACACCGAAUUCUUGGAAAUAGAUGGGCACAAAUUGCAAAACAUUUACCAGGAAGAACAGACAACGAGGUUAAGAACUUCUGGAACUCUAGUAUAAAAAAGAAGCUUCUUGCUCAUAGCCACCUUUCUACUCAUUCUCUUGCCACCACCUUUACAAACCCUAAAACCACCAACAUUCAUGCUGCUUUAAGUGGUGAACAUCAAUAUUAUGAGAGUUUAUUUGAUGCAAACCCUAAUGUGCUCAGCCCAUAUCAACACCACAUGAACCAUGAUCAUGAUCAUCUUGUCCAUGCAUCACCAGCGGCCAUUGGUCAACCACCGGUGGUCAAUCUUGUUAAAUGCUUCGAUAUUGACCCUACCCCUAAUCUUCCUCCCCUUCCUCAAUCAUUCAUAGUAAACUCAUCUUCAGUUUUUGAUCAUGAGUUCCCCACGAUGGAAUUCUUGAUGAACUCCUAUGAACAUAAUACCCUAAAAUCAGAGAAUUACGACAUCAUCCUUGCCCAAAACUCCGACCAUGACAAUUCCAUAAUCCCAUUUAAACUAGGUGAUCAAACAAAUAACAUUGAAUUGACCACCAAUAUAACUACCCAACCACUUGUGAACUCUCACGACUUGGACCCACCUGCAAGUUCUCAAACCGAGUACCUUGAAGCCUUCAUUCCAAAUUUCAUAUCUUCAUCCUCUCCUCCCCCAUCAUUGGUUUUACCCCAAUUUAUGGUAAGCAAGGUAAGAAGCAUAAUGUGAUUAAUCAAUGUAAAUAUGUUGGUUUCUAGACCAAGAGUAAGUGAGUAAACCUAAAUAUUGCUAGAUUUAGUGCCAUCAAUUCAGAGGAGACAAUGGUAUAUGUUUCUGAUGUA